CUUUAUUGCUUACUUAUACAUUUACACAUUUAUUUCAUGUUAUAUUUUUGAGUUCCCUUAAAUUUCUUCAAAAAAGUGUACACAAUAUAUUUAAUGUUGGUUUUCACUUGCAUUCAAUGACGAUGAUCAUCAUGUAUCAAACUCUGAGUUUUUUAGUCCUUUUGGUGCUUUUAUUUCCUAUAUUUUCUCUGUCUUAUGAAGCUAGAAAUCCUGAAGUAAUAGCUUUGAUUUCUAUUAAAAAUGGUUUAAAUGAUCCUCAUGGUGCUCUUAACAAUUGGGAUGAAGAUUCUGUUGACCCUUGUAGUUGGGCUAUGAUUACUUGUUCACCUGAUAAUCUUGUCACUGGCUUUGGAGCUCCAAGUCAAGGUUUAUCAGGAACAUUAACAGGAGUGUUUGCUAAUCUCACAAACCUCCGGCAAGUGUUAUUACAGAACAACAAUAUUUCGGGCCAAAUUCCGGCAGGGAUAGGUCACCUUCCAAAGCUACAAACAUUGGAUCUUUCAAACAAUAAGCUAACUGGUCACGUGCCAGGCACACUCAGUCUGUUGAAUGCCUUGCAAUAUCUAAGAUUGAAUAACAACAGCUUAUCUGGAGCCAUCCCUUUGUCUUUAGCUUCUGUUCCUCAACUUGCACUCUUAGAUUUGUCAUACAACAAUCUUAGUGGUCCUGUUCCCAAGUUUUCAGCCAGAACAUUCAAUAUUGUGGGUAAUUCUAUGAUUUGUGGAAGUCAUGCUAAUGAAGGUUGUUAUGGAUCAACUUUGCCCGAGCCUCUUUCGUUUGCGAUUGAUUCUUCAUCAGGGAAAAGUAAAUCGAAAAGAGUAGCGAUUGCUCUUGGAAUCAGUUUUGGUUGUCUUGCUCUUCUCAUCGCGUCGCUUGGAGUUCUUUUGUGGCAAAGAAGCAAAAACCAGAAGCAAAGCAUUCUUGAUAUCAAUGAUAUACCAGAGGAGGGUCUAAUGACUUUGGGCAACUUAAGAAGCUUCACUUUUAAAGAACUACAGUAUGCAACUGAUAAUUUCAGCUCAAAAAACAUUCUUGGAGCUGGAGGAUUUGGUAACGUUUAUAAAGGAAAAUUAGGAGAUGGGACAAUGGUGGCAGUAAAGCGUUUGAAAGAUAUUAACGGCACCGCUGGAGAAUCACAAUUUCGGACAGAAUUAGAGCUCAUAAGCUUAGCAGUUCAUCGGAAUUUGCUUCGCUUGAUCGGUUACUGUGCUACCCCGGUGGAGAGGCUGUUGGUUUACCCUUUCAUGUCUAAUGGAAGUGUAGCUUCAAGGCUUAAAGGCAAGCCAUCGUUGGACUGGAAUGCUCGAAAAAGAAUUGCAAUUGGAGCUGCACGUGGCUUAUUGUAUCUACACGAACAAUGUGACCCAAAGAUAAUCCACCGAGACGUGAAAGCAGCUAAUGUUCUUUUAGAUGAGUUCUAUGAGGCUGUGGUGGGUGACUUUGGGCUGGCUAAACUUCUUGACCAUGCUGACUCACAUGUCACCACAGAGGUUCGUGGUACCGUGGGCCACAUUGCACCUGAAUAUCUCUCUACCGGCCAGUCUUCUGAGAAAACCGACGUGUUUGGUUUUGGGAUAUUGUUGUUGGAACUUAUAACAGGAAUGAGGGCUUUUGAGUUUGGGAAAACAGUUAAUCAGAAAGGUGCAAUGCUUGAAUGGGUGAAAAAGGCACACCAAGAUAAGAAGGUCGAACUUUUAGCUGACAAAGAGCUCGGGACCAACUAUGAUCAAAUCGACGUGGGGGAAAUGCUUCAAGUAGCCUUACUUUGUACUCAAUACACCCCGGCCCACAGACCACGGAUGUCAGAGGUGGUUAGAAUGCUCGAGGGGGACGGUCUAGCCGAAAAAUGGGCAGCAACACAUAACCAUAUAAAUCCCAACAACAUAAGAAAGAAUGGUGGGAUGCUCCAAAAACUUGAUGACAAUGAUGAUGACUAUACAUCAAGCAUGCUUGGAGUGAUGUUGAUGGAUGAUGACCAUGAUUCACAUGCCAUGGAGCUCUCUGGUCCUAGAUGAUAUAAUGUUACAUACCCAAAUAGGUAUAUUAACUUAUUAAGAAAGAAAUGAUACAUUUGCUAGUUAAUUAGUUUCAUUUUGAUUUUUUAAUAUUUUUUAGUAUUAAAUUAAUCUGAAGAUGUGGAUGUAUAUCUUGGUAAAUAUGGUUUUACUUUAGUAUUCAGAACUUGUCUCACUUGUAGAAAAAGAAUAUUAAUAUCUAUGUCAAGGUAUGGUAUUGGUUGGA